CGGAGGAGCUCCAGUCCAGAGUUCAGUCCUGGUGCAGAUCCCGAGAACACCAGCGCUUCCCUAGCUCACAGCCAAACCACGGCACUGACUGCUCUGACUUUUCAUACUUGUUUUAUUCCAACGGAGUCGGAACACAUUUUUCAGCUACUCCUCUUGUCUUUUCUUGGACCCUGUUUGGAUUUUACGCAUUGAUCUCUCACAAACCCGCGUCUCCUGCGCCCCUAGCCAUGGCGCGUCUCCUCCUCUGCUGUCUGCUCCUGCUGGUGUGUUCAUGGACGGCUCUCUCCUCCGGAGUCUUCGAGCUGAAGAUCGACUCCUUCGCCUCCUCUCGGGGCAUCUGUCGCUCCUCGUCCCAGAGCUGCCAGAUCUUUUUCCGCGUGUGCCUCAAACACUCACAGGACGUGAUCAACCCGGAGCCUCCGUGCACGUACGGGACCGAGCUCACAGAUAUCAUGGACGCGGACGCCAACACCAUCUCCCAGAGCGCGCCCAUCAAGGUUCCGUUUCUGUUUAAGUGGCCGGGAACAUUUUCUCUAAUCAUUGAAGCCUGGAACGCAGAGUCGACGGGACCGGAGUCCAUAGAAAACCAGAACAACCUCAUCAGUCGCCUGGCCACACGCCGUCACCUCGCUGUAGGAGAGGAGUGGUCCCAGGACGUCCACUUUGGUGACCAGAGUGAGUUGCGCUACUCUUACCACGUGGUGUGUAAUGAGCACUACCACGGCGAGUCCUGCUCCGCCUACUGUCGGCCCCGCAAUGACACCUUCGGCCACUACACCUGCGACGAGCAGGGGAAACGUCGCUGCCUGGAUGGAUGGAGCGGAGAGUACUGCUCUGAUGCCAUCUGUGCCACUGGGUGCAGUAAGAACGGUUUCUGUGAGUCUCCAGGGGAGUGUGUGUGCAGACAGGGCUGGCAGGGGGCGCUCUGUGACGAGUGUGCCCGUCACCCAGGCUGCCUCCAUGGGACCUGCCAGCAGCCGUGGCAGUGCAACUGCAAGGAAGGAUGGGGGGGCCUGUACUGUGACCAAGACCUGAACUACUGCACCAACCACAAACCCUGUAAGAACGGCGCGUCCUGCACCAACACUGGACAGGGCAGCUACACCUGCACCUGUCGGCCCGGCUUCACCGGCAAAGACUGUGAGAGUGAGACAAACGAGUGCGACAGCAAUCCCUGCAAGAACGGCGGCAGCUGCAAAGACAUGGUAAACAGUUACGUGUGCGCGUGCCCUCAGGGCUUCUACGGGACCAACUGUGAGAUCAGCGCCAUGACGUGUGCAGACAGACCGUGCUUCAACGGAGGAACCUGUGUGGAGAACACGGCCGGUGGCUACAGCUGCCGCUGCCCACAGGGCUACACGGGCUCCAACUGUGAGAAGAGACUGGACCGCUGCAGCAGCAACCCCUGUGCUAAUGGAGCUCAGUGCGUGGACCUGGGUCAACGGGUCACGUGCCGCUGUCGUCCGGGCUUCUCCGGACCUCGCUGUGAGAUCAACGUCGACGACUGUGCCAGCAACCCCUGUCGUAACGGCGGCACCUGCGUGGAUGGUGUUAACGACUUCACCUGCACGUGCACGCUGGGCUUCACGGGUAAAGACUGCUCGGUGCGGGACAGCCCGUGUGACCACUUCCCCUGUGAAAACGGAGGCACGUGUUUCACCCACUUCACCGGCCCUGUGUGUCAGUGUCCUCUGGGCUUCAUGGGGGCACGGUGCGAGUAUCCGGUGAAGGUCAUGCCCACGACCAAACCUCUGUCCCAGGCCGAUCAGUCUCCGGCGCUCAUUGCGGCCAUUGUCCUCGGCCUAGUGACGCUGACUCUGCUGCUCUGCGCUGCCGUCUUCAUUGUGCGUCAGCUCCGUCGUGGCAGAGAGCUGAGGUCCAUCACCACAUCAGUCAAGAAUGACCUGGAGGCAGUAAAUAACCGCAACGCAGUGAUCGGCGGCGGGGGACCUAACAAUGGCUGCCUCCCAGGAGCAGCAGUCAGUCUGAGGGAGAAGGAGGUCUUCCUCAUGAGUGGAGGACAACUGAAGGUGUCCAACAAAGACGCAGCACUGGUGGAGAAGGGCAGCAACAUGUCCAUCUUCAAAAACAAAAUGGCCGACUGUAACCUCGUGAACGAAGAGCAGCACAAGACCAAGAGCAAGUUUGACCUUAAAACGUGCGACUCCCCCAUCGCUGUGAAGGACAGUCGGUAUUGUCCUGUGUUCAUCAUCCCAGAACAGAUGGAACAGUGUGUGUUUGCCACUGAGGUAUGACCUCCAACAGUAGUGGAUCAAAGCUGUGGUGCUGAAGCGUUGACUGUCCAAGACAGUUGACCCAGAGGGACUUAUUGACACAUAUUAUUAUUAUUAUUUAAUAUUUAUUACCAUAUCUCUGUGGAGAAGAAGACGAAGGACGACUUUUUCUUCUUCGCUUCAACACUGAUUGUGAGUGGAAUGAAAAUUUGUGGCGUGAAGAAGGAUGAGAAGAGGAAAGACUGAAUGUCCAGCAUCAUUUGCACAUUUUUUAAUUUUUUUUUUACUUAAUUCCUAUCAUUUAUGUAUGAUGUCAUUAGUUUGUAUACAACUGGUUCUGGGAUCAAACAUGAAAAGACUUUGAUUCUCCACCAGUUUUAAAAGAGCGGUGCCUUACGCUUCCUACCUAUCACCAGAGCAGCCGUUUCCUGUAUCACACCAUUUAGUCAGACUGUCAAAGUUGUGGGUCUGGAUGACAGAACUUUGUUUUUGUUCAGCCCACCUGAUCAUUUUUAUACCAAAAGCCUUUCUAUCGUUGCUGUUGUCCCAGCUGCCGGACAGUUCUGCAGAAUGUAAGCGUAACAAUCAUCAUCAAGUGCCUCCACCUGUGGAACCACGUCGACGCCUGCGCGUCAUAUUCUGACCUGGUUUUCAGAGCCAGUCCUGACCCUGAGCAGCAGUCCAGAUGCUGGACGAGGCUUGAAGAGAACCAGGAGAAUUUAAGGCCCAGUUUCCAAUCGUGUUUUGCUAAAUGUUUCACCUUAUGAACAGAAAACCUGCUGCUGGACUGGAUCCACAGUAACAAUCAGUUCCUGUUACUUUCUUCUUCUUGAACUUUCCUAGAAUCAAAGUACUGCAAACCUUUGAUGUACUGCCUUGUCAAACACUGUGGGAAAGAAGGAGAGCAGGAACAUGUGGACCCGACCACUGAUGGACUCACAGAGAAGAGUCUAGAUUGAUUCAUUUGAUCCAAAAAUAAGUGUUUUCCUGUUUUUACGUUGCUCUGUCCUUUGUCCCAUCUCUGUCUCUGUCCUGUCUUUGUUAAGUUAAGUAUUGAGAAUGCAAUGUGUACAUAAACUCCAGUGGAUGGUUUACCUAUUUAAUAUGACCUUUGUAAAUAGUUCUAUAUUUAUAAAAGAGAAUUGUAUAUGUGCCUAUGUUAAUGUAUCUAAUGAAAGAAAUAUAUUUUUCAUAAAUAAAUAUCAAAAGUACACUA